AUGAAGUCCACAAUCAUCACCGUCUUCCUCGCCGCCUUCGCGGCCGCCAAGACCGUCGACGAGCUCGUCCAGGACAUCCCUACCUGCGCCGUCACGUGUAUCCGCGACGCCGCCCAGUCGGUGAACUGCGACAUUUCAGACUUCGCCUGCUCCUGCAACAAGCAGGACCAGCUGACGCCCUCCGUCGUCGGCUGCCUGUCCAAGUCCAGCUGUAGCGCCGACGACCAGACCAAGGUCCUCUUGACCGCCCAACAGAUCUGCGCCCAGGUCGCGACCGGCGGGACCGCGACGGGCUCCGUGACGGGCGCGGCCGUCGGCACUUCGGGGACGACGAUGAACCCCACCAUGACCAGCUCCGGCGCCGCCGCCGCGGCCACCACAUCCCCCGCGGCGGCCCCCAGAGUUCAGGCCGCCGGUUGGGCCGGUGCCCUCGCCCUCGUUGCCGCCGCCGCCCUGUAA